AUUGAAGACAAAUGUCGGAACCGCUGUUCAAGAGUGGCGUUACCGGCGAUGAAGACCCCGAAGACUCCAACGAGCUGAUCUACUCGUUGGACACCUUCGCUGAAGACAGCAUCCAAUGUAUGGCAUUGAUCGGCGAGUUGUCCACAAUCGGUGACAAUCAAAGCAGUGGUGAUGAUAACAAAGUGGAGAGGAUUUGCGAGCGAUUUGAUUAUCUCAUCAGCAAAUGGCAGACAAACCCGAAACUCAUUGAGUCUCAUGUGAAACACUUCUUGGACGCCAUCAUCGAGAGUGUGUCGACCAGUGCUGCGGUCGAUGGCCAGAGGUUUACGGCCGCCUUCACACUAAUGCACCGUUUGGUGGCCUGUAUUGGCCCGAAGUCUGUGCGCCGGUAUUUGCCGACAGAAGUCUUAUGGCUAUCCAAACUGGUCGAGUGGUGCGAACGCCAGACGCCCGAAGACACCAAGUCGUGGCCGACGCGAGCGAUGCUACUGUUGUGGCUCUCGAUGGCCGUCAAAACGCCGUUUAAUUUGAAAAAGUUUGACUCAAAAGCCGAGACAACGAGCGCUCAGAAGACAUUAGUGGAGCGGAUCUAUGCGCUGAUCGAUCGGUAUCUGAAAGCGACCGAUAAGAGCAGGGAUUCGGCCGCCGUAUUGGCCGCCCAUUUCUUCGCGCGACCCGAUAUUGUGGACCAAUUGUUGGAGCGUUUUAUGAGUGAAUCGUUACCCGUUUUAGACAAGAGUUUUGGUCACGUGAUGGCUGUGGCCGUACUGUUGAAAGUGGCCGACCGUCAGAACAUCAGUCCGUUCGCCGAACGGGUGAUCGAAGUGAGCGCCAAAAUGGACACAACGGGUCGCGAACUGAUGACCAAAUGGAAGGUUAAACUUAUCGGCCGAUCGGCGCUGUCUUUGAUGAGACCGCGAAUCGCCAAAUGGCGGUACAGACGCGGCAGACGUCAGUUGUCUCAAAACAUAUCGCUUCAGAUGGCGGACCAAAAGCCGGCCGCCAUUCAGUCGACGCAUGAAAAUACUGUCGAAGAUCUCGAGGACGACUGCGAUUACAGUGAUAUACCGGAACAGUUGGAAGUGAUAAUAGACUCCCUGUUGAAUGCCUUACACCACGAGAACACAAUAGUCCGCUGGUCUUCGGCUAAGUAUUUGGCGCGACUCACGAACCGAUUGCCCAAAGAAAUGGCCGCCGAAGUGGUCGAUAGUGUCCUACAGCUGUGCGAAUGGAAAGACUCGGACUCUUCAUCGCACGGCUGUUGCCUAGCGUUGGCCGAACUCACCCGCAGAGGCCUUAUACUGACGGAUCAGUUGCCACAAGUGGUAGAUGUCGUACAGAAAGCGUUGCUUUUUGACGAAUUGAAAGGCACGUUUUCCAUCGGAUCCAACGUAAGAGACGCCGCGUGUUAUGUGUGUUGGUCUCUCUCGCGUGCGUACGACUCGCAAGUGAUUCAACAGUUUGUUCACCGAUUGGCGCCGACUCUCGUGAACUGCCGAAGAGCCGCUUCGGCGGCCAUUCAAGAGUUUGUCGGCCGAACGCAAGUGUUUCCACACGGACUGGAAGUGUUGCUUCUGACAGACUUUCACGCGUUGGCCACAAGAAGUCACUGUUAUUUAGAUAUCGCUUUAAAAUUGGCACAAAAGCCAGAGUUUGGCGAUUGUCUGGUCCAACAUCUGGUCGACAAAUGCCAGCACUGGGACAGAGAUGUGCGCGAAUUAGUGGCGCAAUCGCUGGGAUUGCUGUCCACUGUUAUCGAUAUGAAUCCCUAUUUACCACAAUUACUCGCGAAGAGCUUAUCAAUGGAUUUGAACUCAAGACACGGCUCUAUACUAGCGAUCGGUCACAUCAUUGGCAGUGUUGGCGACAAAAUCAGUCCAGAAUUGAGAGAACAAAUGGAAUCAAUUGCUGUGACUUUAAAUGAGAAGAAACUCUUGAGAGGAAUCGGCGGAGAGUUUAUGAAACAGGCGUUGAGUGUAUUGAUAGAGAAGUGUUCAUCGGUUUCGCUGUCAAUCAGUAGCGAAUCCAAAGUGAUUGACGUCUGGAUUGACAUCAUCUGUAAUGCGAUUGUUAGCGAAGACCAGAAGACUCGCGGCGACGCUGUGGUAGCGCUUCCAGUGUUUUGCUAUCAAUAUUUACGCAAUCGACACGAACUUAAGACUAAAGUAUUGGAUCAGCUGUUGAUUCACUUGAACUCAAGCAAAGAGAGCCCCAGAAUUGGUUCGUCGAUGUGUUUGCAGACAAUGUCUUUGGAAUUACUGGAUGUCCAGUACUAUAACACAUGCUUUGAGAUACUAUUAGCGCACAUCAGAUCCGGCGACGAGUUGUGCGGUUCCCGGGCUUCAGAAGUGAUCACUUUAGUUGAGUUGUCGUUGAAAUUCCGUCCCAUAGACGACAAUAGGAGACAACAGAUCGUUGACUGUCUUUGUCUGGCAUUAGACGACCGGACGAAGGACUCGAGAGGCGAUGUCGGCGGUACUGUCCGGUUGGCCGCCGUCGACGCCUCCCUUGCGUUCAUCAAUGAGGCCACUGAUGGCCAAGUGAUUGAUGUCUUAAAACUGAUGACAACUCAAUGCGUAAGCGUUUGGCAAAAAGAGAGACACAAAGCCUUCAAUGUGUUUAAAGAGAUAGUCUUCGGCCGACAAUUGGCUCAAAUCGACAGACAAUUUAUGGAAACGCUGUUUGAGAGCACCGGCGACGAGAAGGCCGACCACUGGCGGCCAUUCGUACGCCUAUUAGACGUCCCGUUGUUUACGCAUAACGUGUGGAAGGGUUUAGCGAAGAAUGUCUCGAAUCCGACCGAAACUUAUGUCCGAAAUCUACUCAAACAAGAGAUCAAAUCAAUGGACGGCCGGGUAUUCAACGCUUUCCUGGAUCUGUACGAAAAGGCCGACCAGAGCGCCGACAACCUGUCCCUCCAUUGCAUCCAUUGUUCGCACUUUCUAUUGACUUCGUGUCGAACUGAUCCGGACUUCAGGCACCGGGUGUUGGCCCAGACGUGGACAGCGGGCGGCCGAACGCGUGACUGUCAGCGGCUGAUCGGCGCCGUCGACGUGUUCUGCGCCGGCGUUCAGACCGACGAUUACCGCCAAUCGAUGUCUUAUUUAGUGAUACUUCUGUGUCACGCGUUUCCCCGCAUACGCACGCAUACGGCUAACCAGACCUACGUUUCCCUAUUGACCGCCGAUGACUCUCCCGAAGAGGCUCUGGAUUUGUUGACACAAACCGAUUGGUCUCAGAGUUUGGACGUCUUGAGACCCAUUAGGGAUCAGAUUUGCGAUGCGCUCAAUGUUGCGAAACCCAGACGUAAAGCUACCGGUGCUGACAAUAGUGCCAAA